AGCUCGAAUCUCCUAUUCGAGUCAGAGCGCUCGUUCAAAUGUUCAAUAUCACCGACUUAUCUUCAUGGACUAAACCUCUCUGAAGGUUUACUUUGAAUUCUUGUGGGUUCCUCCACUCGUAAAUGGCGAUUAAACUCCCGCAGCAGAGCUUCAUAUAUUCAAGCUCUCCAUGCUUUACACAAAAACCAAUUAGAAUUCAUUUUUUCUACAAAGGAUCAUCUGAAGUAAGCAGUCUACCAUGUGAUGUUUGCAAUCCAAGGAAGAGACGUCGAAUGAGACAUGUCCUAUCCAAGUAUGAUAAACAUAGUAAUAGUUGGAGAUGGGUGAGCUUUAGAGAACGCAAUUCAUUCUCUUAUGAAGCAAGUAGGAUUGGGCACCAUGUGUUGUUUGCAUCUACUGAUGAUGGUGUAACAGUCAAUGGAACACCCCAAACAGGUUCCAGCAGUGAUGUGGAGGAAAUGAGGGUCAAACUCCGUCAGUCUUUGGAAGGUGAAGAUUACAACGAUGGACUGAUUCAAUCAUUACAUGAUGCAUCCAGGGUGUUUGAGUUGGCUAUCAGAGAACAGAGCUCAUUAUCAAAGAUCUUUUGGUUUUCUACUAAUUGGCUUGGUGUAGAUAGAAAUGCAUGGAUGAAGGCACUAUCUUAUCAGGCUGCUGUAUUUUCCUUAUUGCAAGCAGUGACUGAGAUAUCAUCCAGAGGAGAAGUAAGAGACAGGGAUAUUAACAUUUUUGUUCAACGGAGUUUAUUGCGGUUGUCUGCUUCUUUGGAGAGCCUAAUUAAGGAUGAAUUGUCAGCCAAGCAACCUGAAGCAUAUGAUUGGUUUUGGUCUGAUCAACUUCCUAUAGUUGUGACAACUUUUGUGAACCAUUUUGAAAGAGACCCUCGUUUUACUGCAGCUAUUACGGUAUGCAGGAAAGGAUUAUCAGAGGGUUCAGGAAAUGCCAGUGAUAUCUCACUCCUCAUGCUCGUGUUGACCUGCAUUGCUGCAAUCACAAAACUUGGACCAGCAAAAGUUUCUUGCUCUCAAUUUAUCUCCACAAUCCCAGAUAUAACUGGUAGAUUGAUGGACAUGCUUGUUGAUUUCAUUCCUAUACACCAGACUUACCAUUCAAUUAAGGAUAUUGGUCUACGCAGAGAAUUUCUUGUCCAUUUUGGCCCUAGGGCUGCAACUUGUAUAGUUAAACAUGAAAGGGGAACAGAAGAAAUGUCUUUUUGGGUGGAUCUUAUACAGAAACAGCUGCAACGAGCAAUUGACAGGGAGAGGAUAUGGUCAAGGUUGACAACUUGUGAAACUAUAGAGGUUUUGGAAAAGGAUUUGGCAAUAUUUGGGUUUUUCAUUGCUUUGGGGAGAAGCUCACGGUCUUUUUUAUUGGCAAAUGGCUUUGAUGUUUUAGAUGAUCCUGUUGAAAGUCUCUUAAGGUAUCUCAUAGGGGGUAGUGUGUUAUAUUAUCCUCAGCUCUCAUCAAUAAGUUCCUAUCAACUGUACGUGGAGGUAGUCUGUGAAGAGCUGGAAUGGCUACCUUUCUUUCCAAGCAAUGUAGAUCUGAAGCAAUCACGUGACCAUAAAAGUAAAAGAGAAGGACCUCCCAAUGAGGAAGCCAUUCCCCAAGUAUUGCAAGUGUGCUCUUAUUGGAUGCAGGGCUUUAUUAAGUAUAGUAACUGGCUCGAGAACCCUUCUAACAUUAAGGCAGCAAGAUUCCUUUCCAGAGGGCACAACAAGUUAAAGGAAUGCAUGGAAGAGUUGGGGGUACUAAAGAAUGAAAUGAAGGAGAGUAAUAUACGAUAUUCUGGUGGUUGGACUGGAUCUGGAACUUAUUCACCAACCGAGAAGGAACUAGAUUCUUUUGACAAGGCAUUGGAGAGUGUUGAAGAAGCUUUAAAAAGAUUAGAAGAAUUGCUUCAGGAGUUACAUUUAUCGAGCUCUGAUUCUGGAAAGGAGCAUCUACAAGCUGCUUGUUCUGACCUUGAGAGGAUAAGGAAACUUAAGAAAGAGGCUGAAUUUCUUGAGGCAUCUUUCAGAGCAAAGGCUGCAUCCCUUCAACAGGGAGAGGAUGUUGAAUGUCAUUCAGAGCCAUCAACUAGUAAUAAGGGACGAUAUCCAAAGAGAAAAAUCGGAAAGAGUGUUAACAAUACAUGGGACAACCGAGAAUACUCUGCUGAUAGGGUGGUUAACAAGCCUCAUGGUAUGUGGAGCUUUUUGGUACGUCGUUCCACCAAGAAAAUAGAACCUGAAUCAUCACCUUUAAAUCAGGGUGAAGUUGAACAUGAUGAGAUGUCAACUACAGAAGAUAUGGGGGAUUUGGACUCAGGUUCAAAUGAGUUUCAACGAUUUGAGCUAUUAAGGCAUGAGCUAUUUGAACUUGAAAAACGAGUUCAGAAAAGUACUGAUCAAUCUGAGAAUGAGGAGGAAAUUAAGAUUGUUGAUGACAAUGCCAGUUAUGAUGCUGAAAGUAGAGACGCACAAUUAUUUCGGGUACAAAAGAAAGAAAGUAUCAUUGGAAAAUCAAUUGUCAAGCUAAAAGAAGCUAGCACGGAUGUUUGGCAAGGUACACAGCUUCUAGCUAUUGACGUUGCUGCUGCUGUUGAGUUGCUCAGAAGGGCUCUUAUAGGAGAUGAACUAACAGAGAAAGAAAAGAAAGCACUUCGGAGAACCUUGACUGACUUGGCUUCUGUUGUUCCUAUUGGCAUUCUCAUGCUUCUUCCUGUCACAGCUGUUGGGCACGCUGCCAUGUUGGCUGCUAUUCAAAGAUAUGUACCAGCUCUGAUACCCUCAACAUAUGGUCCCGAGAGGUUAGAUCUUUUGAGGCAGCUGGAGAAGGUCAAGGAAAUAGAUACCCGUGAAAUGAACCCUGAUGAUAAUGUGGAGGAAAACAGCCUUAGCAGGGUCAACCCUGACAAUGUAUAACCAUAAAAAUGAAGACCAUCUUCAAUAGAAGGUCAGGAUUAUAGUGACAGUUGUUUCCCCAGUUAACGAUUUCUCUCUGUUGCGGUGAUUUUGAAGCCCUUUGACAACAGAUGGCCAUAAAGAAGUUCAUUCCAUGUAUUGGAAGUGGUGUGCCUGGUUCGCAGUGGACUGAAGGAUGCCCUUCUUUUGUAAACUCUGUUAGAUAUGUAAUGUUCAGAAACUGGACCUUGCUAUUUUGUAUCUAAUAUCUAUUCAAUUGUUUCAGAAAUGUAUAGAUGAUGAUCACCAUGGCCCCUUCAUCCCAUUUGCCAUUCCUGCAAUUUCAGGAUUUGGGUUCAUGAAUUUUUUCUUCUUUA